UUUAAAUCGUUUUAUCAUCCAGAAGCAGUUUCAGUUACUGAUGCUUUUCUUUUCCUAUCAGGUGACAACUUGGUAAACUAUUAAAUUAUUAAUCACACGUUCUUUACGGUUGAUUUAUUUACGGUUCAGUUGAAACUUACACUUCCAGAGUACUUAUAUUUAGGAAUCCAAGCACCAAAAUCACUUCAGACCAAACUUCAGGAACACAAGGCACUUAUAACUCCAAAAAUAUAUUAUUUCAAACUAUGUAGUAAUGUUCAUGACAUAAAUUCAUAUUGAAGGCGUUCAUUGAAGAUGAAGGACCAUUGUAGUAGACUACAUACCAAUCAGCCAUAAUAUUAUGAGCAGUAAGAGGUGAAGUGAAUAAGACUGAUGAUCUCCUCAAGUCAACAUUUUGUCCUCAAAGCUGAUGUGUUGGAAGCAGGAAAAAUGGACAAGUGUAAGGAUUUGAGCGAGUUUGAUGAAGGGCCGAAUUUUGAUGGCUAGACCACUGGAUCAGAGCAUCUCCAAAACUGCAGCUCUUGUGGGGUGUUCCCGGUCUGCAGUGGUCAGUAUCUAUCAAAAGUGGUACAAGGAAGGAACAAUGGUGAACCGGAGACAGGGUCAUGGGCAGCCAAGGCUCACUGAUGCACGUGGGGAGUGAAGGCUGGCCCGUGUGAUCCGAUCCAACAGACGAGCUACUGUUGCUCAAACUGCUGAAGAAGUUAAUGCUGGUUCUGACAGAAAGGUGUCAGAAUACACCAUGCAGGACGGGUCAGGGCUGUUUUGGCAGCAAAAGAGGGACCGACGGAAUAUCAGGUAUCUGGUGGGCAGAAGAUGGUUCGGGUUGUGGAGCGAGUACGUGAAGAGCGGCGAUCAGAACUCCCCGUCGUUUCCCGGAAAGAUCGAUAACACAGAGCUGUUUGAAGAUUUGGACUCGUACCGGCUGAAAGACAGGCUGGUGGAGAGCGAGGACUUCAUCCUGGUGCCUGCAGAAGCCUGGCGUAAGCUGCUGUCCUGGUACGGAAUGAUGGAUGACCAGCCUGCUCUUGAAAGGAAGGUCAUCGAUCUUCCCAGUACACUGAAAGUUGAGAUCUAUCCUGUGGAAAUCUUCCUGUGUCUGCACAGCGACAUGGACAACGUGGUACCGGCCCAGUUCAGCCGAGCGGACACCAUACUCAACAUCCAGAAGGUGAUACAGAAGGAGUUUGAGGUAGCAGAGGAUGCUGAACCACGGCUGUGGAUGAAAAGCUCCGAUAACAACUGUGAGAGGCUUCGAAACCUGCAAACGACUGUGCUGGAUGUCUGCCUCAGCACGGGAAUGACAGUGAUCAUGGAGCUGAGGAAUGCAGAUGGCACAUGGCCCAGCUCCAGACCACAGAUCAUGAGGAACUCUAUGGAUGAGCAGGACACGUACCAAGGGCAACCUGGAGUGUGCGGUCUCACUAACCUGGGCAACACCUGCUUCAUGAACUCUGCUCUACAGUGUCUGAGCAACACACCCCCGCUGACAGAGUACUUCCUUAGGAGCCUAUACCUAGAAGAGCUGAACUUCACUAACCCUCUGGGCAUGAAGGGGGAGAUCGCUGAGGCCUACGCCGACGUCAUCAAGCAGAUGUGGUCGGGGAGACACUAUUCUGUAGUGCCACGUGUUUUUAAAACUAAGGUGGGCCAUUUUGCAUCCCAGUUCCUGGGUUACCAGCAGCACGACUCCCAGGAGCUUCUGUCCUUCCUGCUUGAUGGCCUGCACGAGGACCUGAACCGAGUCAAGAACAAAGAGUACAUCGAGCUCAAGGACGCAGACGGCAGACCAGACCAGGAAGUGGCAGACGAGGCGUGGUGUAACCACAGGCGACGGAACGACUCCGUGAUCGUGGACACGUUUCACGGGCUCUUUAAAUCCACCCUGGUCUGUCCUGAAUGCUCCAAGGUGUCUGUGACCUUUGACCCUUUCUGCUACUUGAGUGUUCCCCUGCCUGUUAGCAAGGAGAGGGUCAUGGAGGUGUUCUUCGUUUCCCUCGACCCUCUGGCCAAACCUGUGCAGUACAGAGUGGUUGUGCCGAAGGCUGGCCGAGUGAUGGACAUAUGCCUUGCUCUGUCUCAAGCCACCAAUAUCUCAGCAGAGAAGAUGGUGGUGGCAGAUGUAUUUAACCAUCGUUUCUACAAGAUCUAUAAUGCAGAUGAGUCUCUCAGCCUCAUCCUGGACAGAGAUGACAUCUUUGUGUACGAGCUGAACAGCAGCGGCACUGUGGAUCAGGAUCAGGAUCAGGAUGAGGAGGAGGUGCUGCUGGCCGUGUACAUGCGCGAACGCUCCAACUACCGAGACUACAGCUCAGGGGGAAACAGCUACAGCACGUCACUCUUCGGCCACCCGCUGAUGAUGGCUCUGCCUCGUUCCCAGUGCACCAGAGACGCUCUUUACCAGCUGUUUCUCCAGCGCCUAAAGCGAUAUGUGCAUCAGCCAGACCCGACAGAGGAAGUGGAGGAGGAAGAGGAAGAAGAAAACGGUAGCGAAGAGAAUGACGAGGAAGAUGAGAUGUACAAAAAUCAGACCAAUGGACUGAGUGGAGAUGAGGCUGAUGAAGAGUCCGAAGAGGCAGGGCCAUCCAAGACAGACGAGCCUUCCCAGCAGAACAACGCCCAAACAGAAGCGAGCCCCAGCAGCGAAGGGGAGGAGAAAGUGGAAGAGGACAAGACGAACAGUGAAGCCGACCGGGGCAGCAGCACAGAGGAGGGCCAAUCAGCAUCCGGCAGCACGGACAACAACUCCCAAGACGCUAGAGACGGGGAGCAGGCCGCCGCGGCAGAGACUUCAGGGAAAGAUGAGGCUGAGGACGGAGAAGAAGAUGAUGGCGAGUGCAGUGAAACAGCUGCUCAGGCGAAGAAGAGGAUGACGAGUAGCCGGCGUUGUGCUGAGAAAAGAAGGAAGCCGCUCUUCACCAUACAGGCUGUGAACUCCAACGGCACCACGGAUCGAGGCGCCGCGGACGGAAACAGCACACUUUCCUUCAGCAAUCAGUUGUAUGUGGCUAUUGACUGGGACCCUGAUAUGAAAAAGAAAUAUUACAAUGACACUGAGGCAGAGAAAUAUGUAAAGGACAAGAGCAUGGACAUCCCACAGCAGCAGACCACCGUGCAUCUGCAGUCGUGUAUCGAACUCUUCACCACUGUGGAGACACUCGAGGAGGAAAAUCCAUGGUACUGCCCGACGUGUAAGAAGCACCAGCUUGCCACUAAGAAGCUGGAUCUGUGGUCUCUUCCUGAGGUCCUCAUCAUCCACCUGAAACGCUUCUCUUACACAAAGUACUCCCGUGAGAAGCUGGACACCAUCGUCGACUUCCCUCUCCGAAACCUGGACUUCUCCGACUGCCUCUUAAGGAAGACGGGGAGUGACUCCGAGCCUCCCAGCAGAUACGACCUCAUCGCUGUGUCUAACCACUACGGCGGGCUCAGAGACGGACACUAUACUACCUAUGCCAGGAACAAGGACAACGCCCAGUGGUAUUAUUUUGACGACAGUAAGGUGACCUACGCAAAAGAAGAACAAAUAGUGACCAACGCUGCCUACCUUCUGUUCUACCAGCGCCAAGACAAGAUCCGGCACCCAACCCUGGCACCGCCUGAUAAUCACGUAGCUUCCGCCAAUCACGACGGACUGGGCGGGGCCAUGGAGAUAGACUGAAACAACUCUGUGUUUGUUUGUUUUUAUUCCUCCUUUCUUUCUUGCAUUCCAUCCUUCCAUCCAUCUCCCUCUAUAUUUUCCAUCCCGCUCUCAGGUUAAUGAGGGAAUGUUUUUAAAAACAUUUUCGUGCAAAGAAAACGAAAACUUGAACCUUCUGCCUUUUCAUUACUCCAAAACAGGAAGUGAGGGGCAGAGGCUACUCUCUCAGGCUGGUGCAGUGGCAUCAUGGGUAGGAGACUGUGUAAAGGCUCUAGUUAUUCCUUCAGGAGCAGCUGCGGGAACAAGUUCGUCUAGUCAAAACAAAUCCGCGUGUCACGAGUGUUUGUUUUGGCGUGGGCUUAAGAAUCUGCGUGGCUUUCGUGUGCAGCCAAGAGUUUGUGAACUUUAUGCCACUCGCUGCUUCUUCUGAGUUUCAGAGCACAAUAAGCUGCUUUUUUUUUUUCCUUCUUCUUCUU